AUGGCCACCACCUCAGUCAUCCCCACCGCCAUGGAACUACUUCUCGACACAGUCCCUGAUGAGAUCUGGGAGAAGAUCCUCGCGCACUUUAUCAGAGACCGAGAUACCCUGCAGGCAGUCAUAGGCGCGGCAUGUUCUGCGCACGAUCAAGCCCCGAGGCUCCACUGGCAAAUUGCGCACGAUCAAGCCCUGAGACUCUACUGGCAAAACGAGACGUGCGAAAAGGAACUCCUGGAGGAACUCGAAGACCACCAGCCAAACACCCAACAACAAUCUCUCGCCGACUUGAUGCGUAAUGUCGUGACUGAUUUCAAGGCACCCCAUGCCCACCAUGAGGCCAGAGGUUUGCAGUUUCCUCGUCUACAGAGUCUUACUGUCCAGCAUGGCAAGGCUGAACUUCGUGGGGAAACACGCACCUUCGCUCGAGUCGCACGCUUUGUUAGAGAUCGUCUUCGUCACCUUGAGAUCGGUGAUUCGCUCGACGGACGCCCUGGUCUUCUCCCUAUCGUCGAUAACUUCCUGCCGAAGCUCAGUAAAUGCAAAGGUCUUCGCUUGCUGAAGUUGUAUGCUCGUUUGACCAGACGAACAACGUCCGAGGACCUGGUUGCUGUCCUGCAACGCUGUACCAGACUCGAAACACUGCACCUUGAAAGUCUCGUCGACGACUUGAUCAAUGAGUCUGUCAUGGGAUGUAUCGCUUUGCAUCCUGCCAUCGAGGAGUUGGAGUUGGAGAAGCGAUUCGAUCAACCCUUCGCGCUGUCUAUUGUCGCCGUCGCCCACCCCUUCCAGAAGCUCAGACAUCUCGUUCUCUUCGCAGAUGCAGCAGCCGCCAACAUCCUGCUUCCCUGCAUCACUCAACUGGAACGUCUCGAGCUCACUGUAGACGGUACAGCCAGUGUGUUCCCCUACCUUCGUGGUCUGAAGAACCUGUGGUCCAUCUGGCUCAAGUUCACGCACUACACCCUUUCAGACAACGACCUCGCCUAUCUCGUUCUCCUGAAGCGACUCAAGUACCUCGAACUCACCAGUACGCACGAUGGCGAACGGCUCGAUGCGACAUUGCUCAACGCCGACCCCUUCGCCACCGUACUCGGCUCCUUGCCCGCAUUGGUUUCACGCAAUCUCAACGCCACCAACAACCUCGGCGACCCCUUCCUCCUCGCCCUCGGCCGCCAAUGCCGCAUUCUACGCGACCUGACUCUGACUGGGACCUUCACCCUUGAGCCCCUGGCAACCGAACCCACUGUGCUCUUCCCAUGUUUGCUGUCCCUGCGGCUCGGUUCUCUCAGCCCUAGUGUACCCAUCAGACAAUUGAGUUUCUUCAGGGAGUUCUGGGCCGAUCAGCGCGCUCAGGAUGUUUUGAGACACGCACCUCUGGUGUCGUGGUUUGAUUGUUGUCAGGAUGAUGAUGAUGUGUAUGGGAAGUUGGCUGAGGAGGCCUGGAAGAAGUUGAAGAGCGAUGGAGAUGUUUAUGUUGGUGGAUGA